AAAUUGUGUGAUUGAAGCUCUGAAAAGAAAACCUUCAAAAUUGGAUUCACAGUGUGAAUUCAAGGAUCCAUUUGUGUGUGAUUAGAGGCCUGGUAAUGGGUCAAGUCCGCCCCAUCUGCAGACAAAUGAAGGAGACGUGGUGAUCUGGAGUCAACCACUUUGUGGGCGAUCAGUGCGUGGACCAUUCCCGCAUCUCCUCUGAUUGUUUUUCUAACCAGCUUAAAUUUCUCCAUCCUCUGAGCAAUACUCUCGUAUCUCUGUCUUUCAUGGCUGCCUUCAUCAGUUUCCAAAUGCUUGGGUUGCUUCUUGCUCUCCUCUUAACGACGGGAGGCGGAGGUGCAGAAGCAGCUCAGCGGCGGGGGCUGUUCCGCGAGUACAUCGGCGCAGAGUUCAAGGGCGUCAAAUUUUCCGACGUCCCAAUAAACCCCUCCGUCGAUUUCCACUUCAUCCUCUCCUUCGCCAUCGACUACACCCCGACCGCUUCUUCAAACGGCCAAUACCUCCCCACCAACGGCCGCUUCACGGCCUUCUGGGACACCGCCAACCUCUCCCCCUCCGCCGUCCUCUCCGCCAAAUCCCUCCACCCCAACGCCAGAUUUGCUCUCAGCCUCGGCGGCGACACCGUCGGCUCCCAGCCCGCUUACUUCUCCCCCGUCAACGCCGACUCCUGGGUCGCCAACGCCGUCGACUCCCUCUCCUCCAUCAUCUCCCGGUACCACCUCGACGGCCUCGACGUUGACUACGAGCACUUCCAAGCCGAACCCCCCGUCUUCGCCGACUGCAUCGGCCGGCUCGUCGCCGAGCUCAAAAGGCGGCGCGUCAUCUCCUUCGCCUCCAUCGCGCCGUUCGACGACCCCACGGUGCAGAGCCACUACAUGGAGCUGUGGAGCCGGCACGGCGCCGCCUUCGACUACGUGAACUUCCAGUUCUACGCCUACGCGAGGGGGACGACGGUGGACCAGUUCCUGGCGCACUUCCACGAGCAAAGCCGGAACUACGCCGGGGGCAAGGUGGUCGUCAGCUUCAGCACCGACGGGAGCGGCGGCUUGAAGCCGGCAGACGGCUUCUUCCGGGCCUGCGAGGAGCUGAAGAAGGCGAAUGAGUUGAAUGGGAUCUUCGUCUGGUCGGCUGAUGACUCUAAGAAGGACGGGUUCAUUUACGAGCAGCAGGCUCAGGCUCUGCUCGCCGCCGCUUGAUAUCGGGGGCAAAAAUUUAAACCAAGAAGAACACAACCAAAUAACAAUAAAAAUUCCGUUGCCGGAAAAUGUCACCGGCGAAUCGUGCAGGCUGAUUUUGGUUGUCAAUGGAUCUGAUUUGUAACGGAUAUAACUAUUAUCAUAUUCGAUUAAUCGGAUAAAGCUGAAUCGGACCUUCCACUCAAUAGUCUGCUUUUUGAAUUUGUCUCAUGGCCAGGUAUUCGUCGGACUUGAUAGAAAAAUGUAAUUCAAAUGCUGAAUAUGACUACUAG